AGUCUUUUCACUCCAGAAAAUGGAUGGAACAUACAAUUAUGGCACAUCUUUGUUUCUUAAAGUGCAGACCAAGACAGGGGAUGUUGGAAACAUGAUUGGGAAAAAAACAGGGCAUGCUCGACUGGUACAAGGAUCAAGUCUUGGAGAGUUUUUGGGUGUAUUUGUUUGCAUUGGUGCUUGCCUUUUUCUUUUAUGGAAGAGAAGAGGCUCCUUGGAACUUGAGGAGGAUUAUUUAGACUGGAUACAAGGAAUGCCCACUAGAUUUUCCUAUCAUGAAUUGAAAGCUAGCACCAAAAAUUUUAGUUGCAAGCUUGGGGAAGGAGGAUUUGGUUUGGUGUUCGAAGGGAUUCUGAGCAAUGGAAUGAAAGUUGCGGUAAAGCACCUUGUAGGCUUAGGCCAAGUUAAGAAGUCAUUUUUGGCCGAAGUUGAGACAAUAGGCAACAUUCACCAUGUCAAUUUGGUAAGAAUGAUUGGAUUUUGUGCCGAAAAAUCACUUAGGCUAUUAGUCUAUGAGUACAUGUGCCAUGGAUCCUUGGAUAAAUUGAUCUUCCACAGAAACAAGGACCUUACUCUUGGUCGGCAAUCAAGGAAGAAGAUCACACUUGACUGUUACAGAUAAAGAAAAGAAAUAAUAAUGUUUCUGCUGAAACAAGUAAAAAGAGA